UGUGAUGUAUAAUGAUAAAUGGCAGGUGAUUUUAGUAUUUCUAUGUAGAAAAAAAUGUUUAUAAAGUGUCGAUUUCCUGUAGCACGUUGUUUUUCUUUGCAGUUUUAUCGUGUAAUAUAAAGUGGGGAUUCGUGAAAUUCUGGACGCCCCCUAGUAGCAUACGUGCGUCACAACGUGUAGCGUCUUGCACGUAUACUGUCAAGCCAAAAUCGCGGUGUUAGUUACAGAACUGGCAACGAAUCGAUGUAAACAAGUAAAAUAAAGAUGGUGACGAUCAGUGAUUUUUUCGUCAUAACAAAUUAUCGCGAUUGAACUUUUUACAUGCUUUUUAUAUAUUAUACGGACAGAACGGAGCUAAUUUCGACUACUGUCACGAUCAUCGAAACAUGCUGUUUUCAGUAAAGGUAAUUACUUACAAUUAUAAACAUAAACCGAUAAUAAAUUGUGAAAAAAGAUAUUGGAAUGAAUUUGGUUGGGAUAAACUUUUAUUGGUUUUUUAUGAAUUUGUUAUCAUGUGAUAUGAUUUCUUUAUAAGCAGUCUGAAAAUAAAGUGCAAAAUGUUUAGUUUUCAUAAACCAAAAGUGUAUCGAUCUAGUACUGGAUGUUGCAUCUGUAAAGCUAAAUCAAGCAGCUCAAGAUUUACAGAUAGUAAAAAAUAUGAAGAUGAUUUUAUGGAAUGUUUUCAACUUGAGGAAAGAAGGACUGGAGAAAUUUGUAAUGCAUGUGUACUCUUGGUAAAAAGGUGGAAAAAAUUACCUGCAGGAAGUAACCGCAAUUGGAGACAUGUUGUAGAUGCACGUGCAGGACCUGGUAUUAAAUCAUUGACAAAAUUUAAAUCAAAAAAUAAAAAGAAAAUAAAAGAUAUACCGGAAAAGUUUGAAAAGAUUAUGAAGAAAAAACAUAUGUAUUUAAAAGCAGAUAGAGAUCGGGAACAAAGCCCAGCAAUGAGUGAUGAUUUAACAGAAGAUUAUUUGAAUGGAGAUGGUAGUAAAGGUUCAAGUCGAGCUGGUAGUCCUGUAGGUAGUGAUGAUAUUCCAGUAACUGAAAAACAAUUAGAUAUGCAAGAUGAUCCAGAGUCAAAGAAUGACUUAACUGUCAAUGGUUUUAUUGAUUUAACAUAUUUUAAAAGGGAGAUUAUUUGUUGUGGAACAAUAUUUAAAGGUCGAUAUGGAGAAGUAAUAGUGGAUCCUUCAUUGAUAAAACCUUGUAUUGGUUGUAUAGCUAGACAACAACGACAACAACAAACAAAUGCAUUGAGUUGCAGUCCUGUGCAUAGUUCUGCAUCUGCUAGCCCUGUUCACAGUUCUGCAUCUGCUAGUCCUGCCCAUAGUGUAGAGUCUAGUACAGAAACAAUGGUCUCUAAGCAAGCAAGUAAAACAUUUAGUGAUUCAUCGUCAGAUUCUGGCUAUGACGAAUCUUCCAACCAAGGAGUUGGUGAGAAUAAAAUUACCAAAAUUAUUCAAAAUGCAAGUGCUACUGUAAAACCAGCAGUUAAAAUACAACCAUUGAAGAGUGUUCAAUUAAAAGCUAUACCAGUAUCGGAAGCUGUCAGGUUAAAAACAGAUGUACCAAUUAAAUUGGUACCUAUAAAACAAAUUGAUCAAUUAUCUUGUAAACCAUUAUCAUUAGUUUCUUCUGCUAAUGUUACUUUAAGCAGUAGUACUUCACACUCCAUUGUUACCGUCCCAAAUAAUCCACUUGUCGAUUUUGCCAUGCACGCAGCCUCUUCUAGGCAAUCAGUCUCUAAUUAAUGUCAGUCUUUUAUAGAAUUUUAAUUUAUUUUUUUUUUUUUUCUUUUUUUUUUCAUAUAUAGUUAGAUGUAUGCUAUGAUGCAAAAUUGUGUGUUAUGUAUGCUAUUAUUAUCUUUUCAGAUUACAAAAGCUCUGGAUAAGAGUGUUUAAGUUUUAUCAUAUUGAACACAGAGAUUUAUAAUGUUAUAAAUGGUGAAAAAAAAUUUUGUAAUUAAAAUAACUGUUGUAAUAUACAGUAGAUAGUGCUCUUAGAAAAGAUUACAUAGGAUUCAUGUCCUUAAUCGUUGGUUGUUGAAAAAAAUAUAUAUAUAUAAUUAUAUAUAUUAUAUAUUGUCUUUAUGGACGUGAAUUCUUGAAGUAUAUUCAACGUCUGUUAGAUAAUUUUUAAAAAUGAUAGAAAAAAAAAAAAAAAAAAAAGAAAAAGAAAAAAGAAAAAAAAAGAGCACAAUGUUUCUACUGAAAACCGUUUGUAGCAUAUAUAAAAUGCUCAUAAACUGCCAUAUAUUCUUAAUGGAUAACUUUCCAUAAAUGACAUUAUCAGUGGAAAAUUAUCAAUUAUUUAUAAGUUAAAUAAUUAGCUAUGUACAUCAAAACACUGUGAUGACAUUGUAAUCUAAUGAGAUAUAAGAUUAUUAUUCAACAAAUGGCAGUUUAUAGUACCUUCAUUCUAAGCAUUAGUUGAUGUAUUCUAUGAUAUAAAAGUUUUCUUAUCCAUGGCUUUUUGUUUUCUAUCAUUAUAAUUAUAUAUGUGAAUAUUUGUAUAAAGUUCCAAGAUGCCAAUCACAUUUCAAAUAUUUGGGUCCAAAAAUUUUAAAAAAGAAUUUACUUAGGGUCAUGAUAGCUACAUUGUACCAGAUGCAUUUGAUAUGAUUGAUAUAAUGGUCCAUGACGUUAAAAUUAAGUAAUUCAACUUAAGAAAUGAAUGUGUUCAGGUACUAUAAGUCCUGAAUGACCCAAUAAUAAUAGCAAUAAUAUGAAAAGUAACUUUAUAAUAAGAUGAACAAAGUCUCUUGGAUAGUAUCAUAUCGACAUGAUGAUAUAUUUAGGCAGUAUUAUUAGAGAGAGAAAUUGAGAAUAUGGCAAUCAGAUUGGCAAACUGGACCAGUAAAAAAUUCAUUAUAAUAUUUCAGGGUGACUGCAGCAUUAAUAUAAAAACGAUUGACAGAGUAUCAACAUAUGAAAUAAGUAUAAUGCUAAAUAAGUGAAAACUGUUAGUUCCUAGUUUAUAAAGAUGGGCA